AUGGCGUUCGUUGAUGCUUUGCGUUUUUAUACGGUUACGCUUCAAUUUUUGGAUCAUUUACCCGAUCCGACAGUGCUCAAUAAAGAAUCUAUUCCAUUAUUCCUUUUCUUUCACGAUCUAGUAAAUAUGCGACAUCCAGAAUGGAAUAUCAGAGGAACAGUGGUGCCGAUAUUAAGUCGACAAAGAAAGUGUCAACAUCGAAUUUUGAUGUCCCGUGAAGUGCUGCAAGACUGUUUAACAACGAAGAUGUCAGCAUUUCAAGACGACUUAAAUGGACGCAAUAUCAUACAAAACGAAUCCAGAGGCUUGUUGUCACUUUUAGAUGAAACCAUCAUUCGCAUAAUUGAAAAAUUGAGUUCUGAAGAUAUAGCUAACAUAGCAGAUACUUGCCUUAGGCUGCGAGAGGUUGUGCGAAAAAUGACAGCGGAUGGUGAAAAUUCAUCCCAUUUCAGUAUUGAAAGCAUUGAUGAAUUGGACUGCACCUGUGAAUAA